AAAAUUGUAAAUAGCCGGGCGAAAUAAAAAGUUUGUUUAUUUAUGUAAGAUUUUAUAGAGCAUACAACUAAGUAAGAAUAAAAACAUGAGAUAUCUAUCUCAAAUAUUUCAACCAGUGAUUACUAUACCAAAGGGUGCAAUAAUAAAAAAUACAGAAAUCACUUGUAAAAGCCAAAAAGUAAUUUAUUUACAAAUCUAUUUUACAUUAAAAUGCAUCUUUCAUGACUCAAACAUGCUUCUUCUAGAAUGUGGUCUUAUCCGUCCAACUACCUCUGGCUUCUUCACAAUUUUGCCACUAGCCAGGCGAGCCCUAGAUAAGCUUGAACUAUUAGUAAAUUCCUGCCUAGAAAGUGUGCAGGCACAAAGAAUAUCAUUACCAUGCCUAACCUCAGCAAAUCUGUGGGAGAAAACAGGAAGGCUAGACAGUGUUGGAUCAGAACUCUUUACAAUCAAAGAUAGGCAUGAUAAAAAGUAUUUAUUGGCACCUACUCAUGAAGAAGCUAUUGCAGAUCUUAUUGCAGAUGUUGGACCUCUCUCACAUAAACAGUUACCACUUCUUUUGUAUCAGAUAACAAACAAAUACAGAGAUGAGCUCCGACCAAAGCAUGGUUUACUAAGAGCGAGAGAGUUUACUAUGAUGGACUUGUAUGGAUUUCAUAGUAAUAUACAAUGUGCGCAUAAUACAUAUAGUCGAGUUACUGAAGUAUACAGACGGCUGUUUGAUUUAUUGGAUCUACCCGUUCAUAGAUUGGUAGCACCGACCGGUGAAAUGGGAGGUUCGUUAUCCCACGAAUGGCAACUCCCAGCACUCGCGGGUGAGGACUCGAUAAACAUAUGCCCGUCCUGCUCGCACGUACAGCGGAGCGGAGAGUGCGAGAAGUGUGCGAGCGAGACGGAUGUAGUUCAAACCGUUGAGGUCGGUCACACAUUCAUUCUUGGUACAAAAUACAGCGAGCCCUUGCAAGCUAAAUGUAUUCAUCCAGACUCAAACCCGUCACCUUUGAUUAUGUCUUGCUAUGGAAUUGGUAUAACAAGAUUACUAGCUGCUAGUUUAGAAGCAUUGUCAAGCGACAGUCAGAUAAGAUGGCCGAAGUGUAUAGCGCCCUUCGCCGCGAUUGUUAUUGGGCCUAAGGAGGGCUCAAAAGAGUGGUCAAAGCACGGCUUAAAUCAUAUAGAGGGUGUAGCAAGAAAGUUGGAUGGGAUUUUAAAAGAUGACGUGCUUUUGGAUGACAGACAUACAUUGACCAUUGGAAAACGACUCUUAAUGGCGGACAGAAUGGGCUACCCUCACAUAAUAGUUUGUGGUCGAAAUUCAAUCGAAACACCACCAAGAUACGAACUUUACACCAACGGUCGACGGGAACCAAUAUUAGGUGACAUUAACGAACUUAUGGAUAUGAUAAAUGGCGUUUCUGACACUCAGCGUGACAGAUCUCGGUCUGAGUAAUGACGUCAAUAUGAUUUUGACAUUUGUGUUUGACAAUGUGUAGUCUGUGACAGACGGUUGACGUUUCAUACAAUAGGCUUGACAGGAUUUCAAAAAACAUUUUAUUGUAAUACUUUACAUUUAGAGAAAAAACCUAUUUUUCUAUGUUAAAGGUAAGGCCUUGUGCACAGUUGGCACAAAUUAAAGCCAUUAAAUAAACCUAUUUUACAUUGCUAACAUUUCUUGGCUUGGUACUACCGUCGCCAUUUUGAAAUGUCAGACUGACAUUGUCAGUUAGCUCUGAAAUACAACUAAAAUGUAUUUAUUUUUUAUCCUUGCAUUAUUAAUAACAAUAGCAAAGUUGAAGGUUUUAAUUAUCAAAUGGUUCUGAUUGCUAGGUAUAGGUACAUUUAGCUAAGUUAAUAGUACAAGUAACAAAACCUAUAAUAUCAGUUGUUCCUAAGUUUGGUGUGUUAUAUUUAAGCCUAGAACUGUAUUUUUUAAGAUAUUUAAAUAAAUUAUUAAGAUAAUGCAUGACUACAAAUUAUUCUCCCUAUCAUCGUUAAUUUUCAUUUACUGGCUGCGUACUUUUAACAGACUUCAAAUAAAAUAGUCGCAAUAUUCCAAGGGCAUACUCUAAUCGUGUAAGAUCCGGCUGCAGGAUUAUUUUUUUCAAUUUAGCUUGCAAUUUAAAAACAAUUGAAAUAUGUAUGACUUUUCCAAAAAUCAAUUGAAAAUAAUAGCAGCCAAAAUAUUGCUAGGCAACUUGGUACACAUAUAUUCUCCUAAUUAUGAAAUUUACAUAAAAAUUUGGUUUUCUACCGAAAAACCGAGGAACGCAUUGAUCCUGCAGCCGGAUUUCGUGCUAUAAGCUAAGCUGUCACUUUCGAACGUCAAAAACAUAAGGACGUCACUGUCAAUGUCUGUAUUACUUAGAUUCAACUCUGUAUUAGGUUAGGAGAUUACAGUUGUAUUUUAAUAAAUUUUAAAAAAUU